GGGUACAAAAUGCCAACCCAAUUGAACCACCGCCUUUAUCUCUCUUUAUACCAAUCUCUCAAAAAAUCUCAUCAUCAAAGCGAGACCCUCAUGAAAUCCAUAUCUCAAACAAAAACCUAUAAAAGACUCGCCUUUUCAAACAUUUACCCUCAAUUUUCCCUCCAAUUUUAUGUAGAUUUACCUCUUUAAAUCCCCUAAUUGUUGUUUUUUUUUUCCUUGAAAAAGAUAGUGAAUUUGAUUAGAUUUGGGUAAAACUGGAUCCGUUUUUGUUUUGGGUAUUCCCUUUAUUUCCUCCAAAAGUUGUUGAUUUACCCGUUUAAAAACCGUAACUUUUUGGUAAACGUGUUGAGUUUGAUUAGAUUUGGGUGAGAUUCGAUCUGGGUUUUUCGGUUUGGAUAUUUAGAGAAAAACCCAUCUUUUUGGGGGGAAAUUUGGGGGGGGGGGUGGUUUGGGUGAGGAACCAAAAAGGGAAUGGCAGAACAAGGUGGCUUGGAAGGGAGCCAACCAGUGGAUCUUUCCAAGCAUCCAUCUGGCAUUGUUCCCACUCUUCAGAACAUUGUAUCAACUGUGAACUUAGAUUGCAAGUUGGAUCUUAAGCUAAUUGCUUUGCAAGCUCGAAAUGCAGAAUACAAUCCCAAGCGUUUUGCUGCUGUAAUUAUGAGGAUCAGGGAGCCAAAAACUACAGCUUUGAUUUUUGCCUCUGGAAAGAUGGUCUGCACUGGUGCUAAAAGUGAACAGCAGUCUAAACUGGCUGCGAGGAAGUAUGCCAGAAUUAUCCAAAAGCUUGGGUUUCCUGCUAAGUUUAAGGACUUCAAAAUUCAAAACAUUGUUGGGUCCUGUGAUGUUAAAUUUCCUAUCAGACUUGAAGGCCUUGCAUACUCCCACGGUGCCUUUUCAAGUUAUGAACCAGAACUCUUUCCAGGUCUGAUCUAUCGUAUGAAACAACCGAAGAUUGUACUUCUUAUUUUUGUGUCAGGGAAGAUUGUGAUCACUGGAGCUAAGGUGAGAGAAGAGACAUACACAGCCUUUGAGAACAUAUAUCCUGUCCUUACAGAGUUCAGGAAGAACCAACAAUGAUAUACCUUUGAAUGGGACUUUGACUCUGUUGUGGAUAGUAGGUUUUCCUCUGCCAUUGUGUUCGGAGUUGGAUUAGAAGUGUGAAUAUAAGAAGAAUUGCGCCUGGCUUUUUGGCUAUGGUUGUCAUAUGGGGUCUGCUUUUUCCUUAAAGUCAGCAUGGUACUUAAAUGGAUGGUAAAUCCCUGGUGUAAUUAGUAAUUUAUGAGGGAAGAGCAAACUCAAAAAAUACAAAAUGUUCAGGGAUCGGGGUUAGCUGUUGCAGACAUUUCACUUUCAAUUAAAACAAUAGCAACUUAAUUAAAAUUUUGACCGUUGGUCAUACCAUUUAUUGCUCAACUGUUUUUGUCCUCUCGGACUCAGAGUUAACUUGGGUAUAUGCUAAAGACUAUAAAUUUGUAACUUGAUGCUAGGAAAUGCCUAAAGCCAGUGAAAUUUUUCA